GCGUCCUUUAUUGUGUUCCGUGCAGAGGUAAAGAUGGAGAGUGUGAAUAAAGCGGGUCAUAUGAUGAGUCUAGCGGCUCUGCAGCACUAUGAUCCCUACAUAGUGAAACUCUUGGAUGUCACGGGACAGGUCGCGCUUUACACCUUCAACUCCAAAGCAAAUGAAUGGGAAAAGACUGAGAUUGAAGGCACCUUGUUUGUGUAUGCAAGGUCUGCAUCCCCACAUCAUGGCUUUACAAUUAUGAAUCGUUUGAGUACUGAAAAUUUAGUGGAGCCGAUCAAUAAGGACUUGGAAUUCCAGCUCCAAGAUCCCUUUCUGCUGUACCGGAAUGGCAACUUGGGCAUUUACAGUAUCUGGUUUUAUGAUAAGACGGACUGCCAGCGGAUAGCCCAGCUCAUGCUGCAGAUUGUGAAGCAAGAGGCGUUGCAAGCACAGCAGGCGUCUCCAGCCGGCGCUCUGGACAGCAGGACAAACGGUUGUGUUCAGACUCGUCCCACAGAUAUACUGGAGCUGCUUAGUAAAGCCAAAGAGGAAUACCAGAGGAGUCAGUCGAUGGAGAGAGAUGAUUCUCUGCCGCCGCUGGAGAAGAGAGAGGACACCACAGACCGACAGACGGCAACUCAACAUGAAAAGUCAGGUCACUCAAUAGUGAAGCAAAUCACAGUAGAAGAACUUUUUGGAAGCUCUUUGCCCAAAGAAACGUCCCAGUUGUCAAAUCCCACCCCAGCAGAAAGCACACGGGGCCUGACGUUCGCUCCUCUCCUCACCCCUCGCCUCUCGACUGAGCCAGCACUGGUGUCUCUGCUCCAGGGGUCCGGCACCAGGGACACCCAGCACCCCAUCUCCCCAAAAGCAGCUGUUUCGAACACGGAGGAGAGCACGGUGGGCUCCGGCGGUCCUGCACUGCGACGGCUUCCUCCUGCACGCGUGAAUCCGCUCGCAGAUAGAGACGGGAUGCCCGGCUUCAUGCCCGGCUCGUUGGUCACCCCGCAGUGUUUCGUAGAAUCCGGCUGCAAAGUUUCCGCAUCCUUCACUGGAAAGACCACAGCAUCUGUGCAGAGUAAAGAAGUGAACUCCCAGACGCUGGUGAAAUCCAUUCCAGCGGGGCCAGUUGUCCACGGGGAGGAGUCUUCACUGCUUCUGUCUCCCAGUGUAUUCCAGCAUUCCAUAGCCAAGACAACAGAUCCACCCAGAAUCCCUGCUUCCCCCCCGACGCCCACAACCCCUAUAGCGACGGCAGAUUUACCCCCUGUACUGUACAGUCGAACCCAGCUGCAAGAGACGCUCAUACAUCUGAUCAAGAACGACCCGCGGUUCCUCGGCACAAUCCAUGAGGCUUACGUACAGAGCAUGACUAAAGGUGUCAACAAGGUCAAGUUAUAGCCACUGAAUCUCCUGCUACACGUUCAGAUGUUAACUUUGACCUCUGACACUUGACUGAAUGUUAUUAAUACUGGCAUAUACAUACUUGGUCUCUCAAAGCCCCAUUAUGAACAUCAGUUUAUUGACCACUAAUGGUUGUCAGGUCUCCUGGGCUUCUCUCAAUCUUACUAACUAAUGCAUGUGCUUAUAUUAAGGGACUUGUGCAAUACAAAGCAUUGUCUUCAUGAAGAAUUAUUAGACAUUUGGAUACAAUACAUUUGUGUAUAUAUGUAUAUAUAUAUGAUCUGAUGUACCAGUGUCAAUAUUUAGUGUGCUUUUGUUGUUUUUGAAAAAGAGUGUAAUGUGGGAUUAUUUGACUUUUUUGUACAAAGAGCAAAUUAUUUUUGACAUAGAAGAUACAUUAAUGACUACACAAAGAUUAGAUGAGUUCAUAUUAGUUUUUUUUAUGUUUUGUUUAGAUGCUGCACUUCAUUAGCACUGCUGUGUACAGUAAUGUAUUGACUUUUGUACUGUGUGUGAACUGAAGUGUUUAAUGGUUUACUUAAAGAGACCACUGUAAAUUUAAAGAAAUAACCGUAAAGCUAAAGUGUUAGCUACACCCAAACAAUAAUGCUAAUGACAGCAGGUGUCUGUAAUGAUGAAAUCAGCUUGUUUCAAAAGUGUUGUGACACAAGAACCUUUGUCAAAUAUUUAAUUUCAACAUUAAAACUAGAGAAAAUCA